CACUGACUGGCACUAAUAGGCGGCACUGAUGCGCAGUGAUCGGCGAAACUGACUUGCACUGAUAGGUUGCACUGAUUGGCAGCACUGAUAGGUGGCACUGAUUGACAUUGAUAGGUGGCACUGACUGGUACUGAUGGGUGACACUGAAAGGCAGCUCAGAUGGGCACUGAUAUGUAGCAUUGAUGUGCACUGGUAGGCACUGGCAGGUGGCAUGGAUGAGCACUGACAGCUGGCACAGCUGGGGCUACACUGAUCAUCAGGGCACACUGAUUAUCAGUGCCCUGAUGAUCACUGACAUCUUCGGCUCUUUCCGUGGAUCGGUGAUCCGCUGUGUCUGAGGGACACAGUGCA